CAGAAGAAGUCGCCCCAAAAACUACAGCAGUAAGAACUAACGCUACGGUGUUUUUUGUCCUCCCUCCACCAAUUUUUCCACCAAAUCCAGCUUUAUUUCUUUUUGAAGAUGCCCUCCACGCGGAUCCAGUGCGCCCUGGCUCUCCUGGCCGUCGCGCUCUCCGUCUGCAGCGUCUCAGGCGCGCCGUCUGAUGCCAAACUGCGCCAGUUCCUCCAGAGGUCGAUUCUUGCACCGUCUGUAAAACAGGAGCUCACCAGGUACACGCUCGCAGAGCUGCUCGCAGAGCUCGCGCAAGCCGAAAACGAGGUGCUGGACUCGGACGAGGUGUCUCGCGCCGCGGAGAGCGAGGGCGCGCGCCUGGAGAUGGAGCGAGCCGCCGGUCCCAUGCUGGCUCCCCGCGAGCGCAAAGCCGGCUGCAAGAAUUUCUUCUGGAAAACUUUCACGUCGUGUUAAUCGUUUAGUCGAAAUACUUUCCUCAUAGUCUAUAAAUAUCUAUCUAUUUUUUUUCCCUUCCCUCCCCCACACAUACAUACACAUGUAUACAAUUUGUUUUCUUUCUUUAGUUUUCACGCUCACAUCAUGAUGUCUGCAUAAAAUGUAAAUAAAAUAAUAAUAAUAAUAAUAAUUAAAAAAAAGAUGUUCCAUUUAUUAAGUGUUAUCAAUUUACGGUUCUAUGAAGGAAUGUUUUAUGGAUGUAUGGAAAUUCUGUUAGAGAUCUGUACUUUAGAUGGAAAUAUUUAACAAAAACAAAUAUUUUUAAUUGUUUGAAUAAAAUAUAUGUUUCACAGCCAAUGAAUAUAUUUUUUUUAUUAAAUGUUUUCUCUACAGUGUAGCUUUAGUCCAAGUCUUGGUUUAAUAUCAUCUCUGGAGCCUGUAAUGAUGAGAAUUAAUAUCUGUUUAAGUAAAAGUAAGAGAAAGAGCGUGAGGAGAAAGGUUAUGUGGUUUGGAGAGCUGGAAAACUAGCAACCUAAUGGAUUUUAUUCAGUUAAACUGUGUCACUUGAAUGAAGAUUUUAUGAGGAUAUAGGGAAAAGUCUGAUCCUGUUUACAGACUAGAAAAUGAAAAGGCUGUGUUAUACUAACGCUUGCAUAAUGUAACACUAAACUAACACUUCUAUAUUAAAACCUGAUCUCCAUUGUAGCUGUAGUGUAUAAUUUGGCCCGGAGAUUUCGCUGUGUACAUAAAAUACAAACGGCGGACUUGAAAAAAUCAGGUUUCGACUAAAAAUGAGGAUUUCUCUGCUUAAGGUCACGUCGUGUAAGGUUUAUAAAAACAAUCAGAGUGCCUAAAGGUGUAUAAAAUCUCACUAGCUAACUGUCAUUGACUGAGGAAGUUUUGUAUUGUAUACGCCAGGACAAGAGUACCUUCUUACAUUAAAUGGCAUUUGAGGCAUGCUAUGGAUAACUCCAUGGGCAUGGGAGGCAGUAUGAGUAGGGACAAUUGUGAAGCAGUGACAUGGAGCUGAUUACCUUUGCCUUGUCCAGAUUUGAUGAAAAUAAGUGUUGAUUCAUCAGAACGUGUGCUCUGUGGUGUGUC